AUGACUAGGGCACUACUAUCUCUUACUCUCCUGGCACUCUCGGCCACGCUUUCUGUCGUUAAUGCUGCUCCCAGGCCGUGGGGGCCGACUCCCCAUUUCCCCCAUAUCGACGACUGGAAUACCAACCACUUCCCUGGGAAGUACCACGCAUGCACAGAUGACAACGUCAAAAUCCGCAAGGACUUUGAUUCCAUGGCUCCUCAAGAACGCAAGGCCUACACCGACGCCAUCAAAUGCAUCAUGGACCAGCCAUCCCAGUUGGAUCAGACACUCUACCCUGCUGCCAUCAACCGAUACUUUGACUAUGCAGUUGUGCACACGAACCUAACAGAGAUCGUCCAUCUCUCGGCCUACUUUUUGACAUGGCAUCGAUACUACCUUCAUCUGUUCGAGGAGGACUUGAGACGGACAUGUGGUUAUAAGGGUGCUUUUCCCUAUUGGAACUGGCCUGCCACCGCGGACAAUCUCCGCGGCAGCGCUGUCUUCGAUGGCUCCGAAUACUCCAUGUCUGGCGAUGGUGAAUAUGUGGACACGGGCCCCGUCGUUCUCUCGCCAGACUUCUCGCUCCCUCAUGGCUCGGGUGGCGGCUGUGUCACCACCGGUCCAUUUGCCAACAUGGAGACUACCAUCCAGCCCAUCUCGAUCCAGAACCUCAUCCAAGGUCUGCCGUUGCCUGAAAAUACCUUUGCCCUCAACAAAUCCUGCCUGACGCGCGAUCUCAACACGUAUGUUGCCCAAACAUGGUGCAAUGAAACUGCCCUGUACGAGGCACUGGAGAGUGACGAUAUUGCCACCUUUGAUACUUUGAUCAACGGCGUCGCUGGCGGUGGCUCUCUAGGUCUUCACUCUGGGGCUCACUUUGUUGUCGGCUCGCCCGGCUCCAACAUUUUCGUGUCGGUGCAAGAUCCCAUCUGGUGGCCACUGCACGCCUUCCUUGACAACUUGUACACUUCAUGGCAAGCUCGUCAUCCGGAUCUUGCCGAUGCUGUGUACGGUACCUUGACCGCCUACAACGCACCACCCAGCCCUAAUGGAACUCUGGACUCUCAGCAGCCAGGCUGGGGCUAUUUCGAGACUAAGCCUUACACCAUUGGCGAACUCAUCAGCACAACUUCGGGUCCUUUUUGCUACAAGUACGACGUUUCCCUGUAG